AUGCUCUUCCGGCGCUUUUGGUACCAAUUUUGCCGGACGAACGACGCCAUCCGCCUCCCUUCUUUGGACACAGAUGCCGUUGGCGCGCUUGGGGAGAUAAUAAGCUUCUUUGCAUUUGCCACCAUUCCUUUCGACACGCAACGUCUUCCCAACAACAACUGGAUCGGGAACUAUGGGCGCCUCCUCCGUCCCGAUUUGGAUACAUUCCUGCAAGUAUGGCAGUUUUACGACGAUCCACUCUUUGGGGAACUAAGUGCUGCUUUGGGCACUCGCCACCUUCCCCUAGUACGAUCUGUGAGCGACAAUGCUCAGCAAGUUGUGGCGAACGUAUUCCUGGAUUGCGAACUAGAACCGGCUGGUGACCCUGAGCGCAUAGAAGCCACAGUCUGCUUCAAUGCUGGAAACCAGAUCCACGUUCGAGAGGUAACGAGGUCGUGGAUAAACUUUAAAAACAAUGUUGAUAAGAGAUUAGAACAGCUGGCACCGUGGAGGGGAUGCUAUGGUACAGGUAUGGAGGAGGGUACAGGUAUGGAGAAGGGCAAGAUGCUCACCGUGCUCCCCAAGGAGUACUUUCCACCCGAUACAAACCUUGGGAAUAACAUCAUAGAACCCCCUCGGAUCCGCCGCUCCUAUUGGGCCGACGAGCCAGUUCCUCAACUGGUUAACCAUGAUUGGUGGGACACUGCAGCCCACUAUAACUUCUUUUUAGCCAACGCCGAGGAGCGUUCGCGGCCCGUCUCUCGAGAGGAACCGGAACCGCCCAGACAGCCGUCCUUGGGCGACGGGUUGUUGUAG